CGAGGUGGUUGUCUGUCCGAGUUUUACACGGUAACACAAGCUAAAAUCCAGGUGAACUUUUGCGGGGGUACGGAAAGAAUACUACAACACCGGCAAUGUCUUGGAACUGGAAUAUCACUUUUCGGGAUGUAACGAAGUCAGCCUUCCAUCGUUCCCAGACUCUGGUCUAUAGGAAUGGCUAUGCUCUGCCUCGUCGCCCCACUGUGGGAAUUGGACAGGAUCCUCUUUUGUCAGAGCAGCUGAUCCAGCAGGAGAUCAGUGAGUUGUCCUCUGAGAUACCAUACAUUACUCAUGGCUCCUAUAAAGACCAAGGCGUAGUUGAAGACUUCAUUCCAGCUUACGUGGCCCUGGACAAGAAGGUGCUGCGAUUCUAUGCAUACUUUCAGGAAGAUAUCCUGUUUUCCCCUGAAGAGCAGCAUCGUGUGUGUCCUGUGGUCAUUUACUAUUACCUUGAGGAUGACAGCAUGUGCAUUUUUGAGCCCAGGGUGGACAAUUCUGGGAUACCACAGGGACAAAGAAUUAAACGCCAGCGUCUGCCCAAAAAUGAGCAUGGGGACCAUUAUCUAUGGAAGAACCUCAAUAUUGGCAUGGACCAAGUGUACGGAUUCAAGUACCACAUCACACAGGUCGAUGCUUUCACUAAGGAAUUCAUGGAAAGUGAAGGCAUUGUUCUGAAUGACCCUGAGCCGAUGCCUGUGGAUCCUUAUGUCAAACGUAGCAAAAACCCUCUGCCUGCCUACACAACACCCUCCGAAUUUGACCCCAUGCACCAGUUUCUCACCAUGGAUCGAAAGGUGCUGCGUUUCUCUGCCCUGUUGGACGAUGCAGAAGCUCUGUUCGCGGACACCAGGCCCGUUACCAUCCAGUAUUACCUGGGGGACAACACAGUGGAGAUCCGAGAGGUCCACGAACCCAACAGCGGCCGCGAUCCAUUCCCCAUCCUGAUAAACAGACAGAAGCUGCCAAAGAAAUUUAAAGCUGCACCUGAGAACUUUCCCAGCUGUGUGCUGGAAGUUUCAAAAGCAGAAGUAGAGGAAUACUACUCUCCUAAAGACUUUCAGUUGGGUCAAACAAUGCAGCUGCGUGGCCGUCGCUUCCGGCUGUACGACUGUGAUGGCUUCACUAAAGAUUAUUACCAGAAGAACCACCCUGACAUCCAGAUGAAACCCUCAGAGGUACCAAAAAGGACAGACCUGGAUCAGAAGUGGAAAAAAGAGGUUCCUCCCUAUAAUGGUUUUGGUUCAAUUGAAGACUCUCUCCAGAAUUGUUUGUCCUUAAUUCCUGAGCCUCCCAAAAAGAACGUGUUAAAGAUGUUAGAAAACAACAACAAAGUGUUGUGCUACAGUGUCAGGCUGGAAUCCCAGAAUCCUGACGAUGAGGGCCGACGCUUCAUACUGUCCUACUCUCUGGCUAAUGACAUGAUAAGUAUUUUUGAAAAGCCUACUAGAAACUCUGGUAUCAUUGGUGGGAAAUUCCUGAAAGAGACGCGCAUCACCAAACCGGGCUCUACCGUGGAGAGUCCAGAGUUCUACUCCCCUGCGGACUUUGCUAUCGGAGCCACUCUGGAGGUUUUCGGCCGCCGCUUUGUUCUGACCGAUGCUGACCAAAAUGUGCUGACAUACCUGGAGUCCAACGCAAGCAAGAUCCCGCGUCAGACUCUGGAUUCGAUUUACCAGAAGCUUGGUGUGAAGAGAGAAAACAAUCAGCCACAUGACCAAAAUGGUGAUGUAGCAGAGCCAUCUUCAUGAUGAAAAGGAAGGUUGGAUUGCUUCAAAAAGUUGUUCACUCCCAAAUAAAUAAUAUCCCAAAUGAAUACCUUUGCUGAAAAUACUGAAUCUGCCGCAGAAAAGAUCAUUAUUUUGGUGGGUUCUGACAUUUUAGAAAGAUGUACCUAACAAAACCCCUCCUAUAUACCAAGUGAUUGCCCAAGAUUUAGCCUAAGAAUGUCAUAAUGUUAGAGGCCUAGAUUGAAGCAAGUACAUUUUAUCUAUCAAAUCAUGUCUUCUCAGCCUCACAAAACCGUACCAGCGACACUUAUCAUACUGUACUUAACAUUCAGCUAAAAGCAUAGGUGAAGGUUGACUCACACUGCUGUGGAGUAAUUAAUGAAAGAAAUCUGGAAAGGUAGACAUUUUCUUUGUAAUAAUGCAUGAGCUUGUCUCUAUUUACCCACUGGAAACGCAACAAUUUUUCGUUGAUGCAAAAUCGAAAAUAAUAAAGACCAAGAGGAGAACAUUUAGCAGAUGUAUAUGUGGUGUAAGACAUAGAGAAACAUGUAUACAAAGUACUUCCAUCUCAAUAUUUCAGAAAAAUGCAUUAUUUAAUAAAGUAAUUAACAAAAAAUGGAAUGGCAUGCAGUAAUAUCCAACAUACAUACU